AUGAUUGUUACACGUCUUAUCUCCCUGACGAACUUUGCCGUCGCUUCGUCCGCGCUUGGCUUCCAGGUUUUUGUCCUGUACCCGUGGCAUAUCCAGCUGGACAACUCGUUUGAGGAACUCAAGAAGGAACAUCUCAGGGUUCUGGAUGCGGUUAGAGAGGUCGCAAAGGAGGUUGAUCCGGAUUCGAGGAAAGGAGUGGCCGACUCUAUCUUGGGACGCUUGGGAAUGAGCGCUUUCAGUGUCAAAAGUUUGUUUUUGCCUAAGCCAGAAUCUCCCGUUACCCUCAGUGUUUUCGACAACAGUAAUCCUGUAAAAUAUGUCGCAGACGGCGUCGCCAGUAUUCCUCCCCUGUCGAUAAGCUCAGGGAUGAAAUUUUCGGAGGUCGCAAGAUACGCCUUCUCGGGAGCGAUUUGCUGUUCAUUUACUCAUGCCCUACUGACUCCAGUCGAUGUGGUCAAGACCCGGGUUCAGCUCGAACCAGUUAAAUAUAAUAGAGGCCUGGCAGGCGGGAUGCGCCAGAUCGUCGUCAAUGACCGUGCUGGAGCACUCUUGACGGGAUUCGGACCGACGGUGACGGGAUAUUUCCUGCAAGGAGCUUUUAAAUUCGGCGGCUACGAAUUUUUCAAAAGACAAACGAACGACUUUCUAGGGCCGGAGAAAGCGGCUGCACACCGGAAUGCUGUAUACCUUGCCUCCUCUGCUGCGGCCGAAUUCCUUGGUGACAUUCUGCUCUGCCCAUUCGAGGCUGUUCGGAUUAGAUUAGUAUCCCAACCCUCAUUUGCACCUAAUAUGCUGUCCGCAUUCGGUAGGAUGGUCAAGCACGAAGGAAUGGCUGGCCUUUACUCCGGGUUCAUGCCGAUAGUAUUGAAACAGGUCCCGUACACGAUGGCGACGUUUGUGGUGUAUGAAAAGGCUCUCGAAGUAGCUUAUUCCUGGAUCAACAAAGAAACGGCAUCGAGCACAGCACUUUCGGGAGUGAACCUCGGUUGCGGUCUUAUUGCGGGUAUGGCAGCUGCGAUAGUUUCACAGCCCGCGGAUACGGUAUUGAGCAAGAUCAACAAGGAAAAGGGGCGACCAGGUGAAGGAACUGCGCGACGUAUCUUCAACAUCGUCAGUCAGCUUGGCCUUCGCGGAAGCUACGCAGGUAUUGGACCUCGGUUGGUCAUGGUGGGAGGUAUGACGGCCGUCCAAUUCGGAAUCUACGGCCACAUCCAGAGAGCUUUGGGCGCGACUAAGAGCACCGCCGAAGUUAAGCAAGAAAAGCCUAAGGUUAUGGAGGUAGUUAACCUUCUACAAACCGCGAAAUAUUAA